AAAAUGUUUGUGGCCGAAUCUUUAUUUCGUGGCGGAAUGUUGUCCUUCGAAGGAGUUUAAAUAAAGAGCCGGAUCAUUUGAAUUUAAAGGUCAAAGAUGGAGCUGCUGAACUACAGCCGACAGCUCAUGCAGCAGCUUCACACUUUACGAAAAGAGAAAAAAUUCUGCGACUGCUCCAUUCUGGUGGGCGAAACCCCUCACCCUGCCCACAAACUGGUGCUGGCUGCCUCCAGUCUCUUAUUUAAGUCUGUUCUGGAAAGCUCUGACAGCAUCUCCAUCGACACAGACCUGCUGUCCUCUCAGGAGUUUUCCUCUCUUCUGGAUCUGGUGUACACUGGGAAGCUGCCACCCGGAAAACACAACUUGACCCGCCUCAUAGCCGCCGCAGAUAGUCUGCAGAUGUUUGAUGUGGCCGUCGGCUGUAAAAACAUCCUCACUGACCUCAUGAAGCAGACUGAGCCCAUAGACCCGCAGGUUAUAAAGCCUGACUGUGUUGUGGAGCAGGUUAAAAGAGAAGAGAGGAGUCUGCAAGAUUACAGUGAGGUGGAGUUGGUUUCGCAAAAUCAAGAUGGUAUCAUGAAGAUCCUACAGAGAGGAAGGUCUCAUGUUCAGUUUCUUGAGGCCUGGGAUGCAGUUUCCACAGAAGAGCGACAGGUCAUUCUGGAGCUGUUCAGAGGUGAUCCAUCUUCAGGUGAGCUUUACCAGCGGUUACUGAAUCUGCUGAAUGUUAAGAAACUUCUGUCAGCGAAGACCGUCCUUACUUUGCUUGAGCUGCUAAAACAUUCAGAUCUGGAGGAGCAGGGACAUCAGAGCUACGCUCAACCAAAAGAUACUGUUCGGGGGUCCAGUGGGAUUUUGGAUCAUUUAUCAAAAAUAACUCCUCAUCUCUCCAGUGUUAGCAACCUCUCAGAGAUAUUGACCAGUGCGGUGAACAACUGCACAAAUCAAGUGGAAAAAGAGGCGCUUCUGCAGUGCUGUUCUGCUCCGUCAUCCGCAGAGGUGCUGGAAAACUUGUUAUGCAAACUCCGAGAGACAUCGAUAAGUGAAGAAACGUUUCUGAUGCUGCUGAAUGAAGUGAAGGAAAAUUCCACAGAUCUGCUUCAACUCCUUGAAACUCUUAAAAACUCUAGAGGUAUUACAGCAAAAGACAGCAGUGCGAUGGAUUUGUUGGGAAUGUAUCAGAGCAGACUCGUUGAGCUAAAUCUGGACCUCCAGCUCAUCAAACAAAGCCUUAAAAUGGGUCCAGACAUGCCUGCAAAUGACAGAAAGUGUAUUGAAGGUCUGCUGGGAGAGAAAGCAGAUGCUGUGGUGUUUGAAAGGCUGAUAUUAGCAGCGCUGGAUGGUUCACUGCAGGCCGUCACUGUGUGGAGGAUUCUCUUCUGGACAGAAACACACAAUCCAGAGCUGCAGAUCCUCAUGCAUGAGCUCAAGGAGAAACCAGACGCUCAGAAACUUCUCCAAACCAUUAAAGACAUAGAUGUGCUGUUCAAGCACAAGUCACUCAUUCUGGAAACGAUCAGUGAUUUCACACUGCUUGAACAAGGUUUGAAUGCAAUGGAUCAUGGGACAGAGAAAGUUACUGAGUUUCUGCAGAGCUGCCGAAGAGCUGAUGGAGAGCUGGAGUCGGUUCUUCAGACUUUGGACAGAGUUUUGAGUCGUGACUCUGAGUUUGCCAGUCCUCUGUGCCAGCUGAUGUGUGCCAACCUGAAGAGCUUCCCUCAGCUGUCGGCUCUCAAACAAACCGCAGGACUUGUGUCUGAGUCAGAGUGUCCUGGUAAAGCUGAGGUUGAGCGAGGAGGAUCUGCUGUAGACUCUGAGGAUGAGGAUGAUGAAGACUGUAAUAGCACAGGCCGAAGGAAACCUGUGCUGGUGUCCUACAGCUGUGACUGGUGCAGGAAGACGUUUGACUUUAAGUGUCGUCUGAUAAAGCAUAAGAAAGGCUGUGCUCUGGCGCCAGGGAAAGAGCAGCGCUGCGGCGAGUGUUCAAUGGCCUUUCCAACACUCAAGAGUCUCAAUCAGCACUGUGUGGAAACACACGGCGGCCCUCCAGCUAAGAAGAAGAAGACCGAGCAUGUGGCCUGCGACAUGUGCGACAAGACCUUCAAACACUCCUCAGGUCUAUUGUAUCACAAGCGCACGGAGCACUUUGAGGAGCGCCCGUACGCCUGUGAGGAGUGUGGAGCCAAAUUCGCUGCCACCUCAUCUUUAAAGAAUCACAUGCGUCUUCACACCGGAGAAAAGCCCUUCCACUGCAAACACUGCGACAUGAGCUUCUCCGUGGCCGCCGCUCUGUCCUACCACACCAAGAAGAAGCACGCAGAGGGUAAAAUGUACUGCUGUCAGUACUGCUCGGCCUCAUUCGCACAGUCUAUUGAACUGACACGUCACGUCCGCACACACACCGGAGACAAACCGUACGUCUGCAGAGAGUGUGGGAAAGGCUUCAAACAGGCCAACGGAUUAUCUGUGCAUUUGCAGAACUUUCACAACAUUACAGAGCCGCACGACUGUCAGAAAUGCAGAGUGAGCUUCUCUUCUCUGGAUGAACUUCGACAGCACAUUCAGGAGGUUCAUCCCAAAGAGCUGCACCAGUGUCCCGAAUGCAGCAAGAUCUUCAGCAGCGAAGGCGCUUUGGAGAAACACAUGAACAUUCAUGACGGCAGCAAACCCUACAGCUGCAAGACCUGCAACAAGUCCUAUCAGACUCUGUCAGGUCUGUGGUACCACAACCGUACGGUUCACCCAGAGAUCUCCACCAGCCAGACUAACAGAUCACUCAAAGCCCUACUGCAGUGUGAGCGCUGUGACAAGAGCUUCACCAGCCGCAACAGCCUGAUAAAACACCAGAUAACCAACCACACAGAGGUGCGCGUGUGGAAGUGUGUGAGUUGUGACUGUUCUCUGUCCAGUGAGCAGGAGCUCCAGCAUCAUGUUUGCAGUGUUCAGACUCCCGCGCUCUUCAGCUGUAUGGUCUGUUCACUUCACUUCCCCUCUGAGCCUGACUUCCAGCAGCACUUCCUGUCCAAACACCUCCAACUCGUGCAGGAUGAAGCGCAGCCACAGAGCUCCGCUUCACAGACGGUGGUUCAGUGUGAAGCUGCAGCAGAUCCAGCAGUGGAGCAGGUGAUAAACCUCCAUCAGUCCCAGAGCGAGUCUUCCCAGCAGGUGUUUGUGGCUCUGGCUGAUCAACAGGAGACUCCAGGCGGAUCAGGAAUGGUGGCGGUGAGCAUGGAGGAUCUGCUGAACGGUACCGUCACACUCAUCUGUGAACAGAGCCAAUGAACACACUCCUCCUCUAACACUGCAGUACAGCUCACACCAAUCUUUAUUCAUUCAUAGGAGUUUUAAUAAACAAAAAGGGUCACGAUUUGUGUUUCUCUCAUGGAGAAUCAAGCAGUCAGAAAUCCAUUUUCAAAAAUACCUCACCAUGAUGUCUGCGUCUUCACACUGGAAGAAAAGGAUUUUGCUGGUUGUUUGAACUACUUAUUUAAAAUGAGACAAAAUAACACAAAUUUUGAGGGUUAUUUUUGGGACAACAUAAUUGUUUAUGAUCAGUCCACUUAUGUGUUUUGUUUGUGUUGGAACAUCAUGAAUUGUGUGCAUUUUAUACAGUGUUUGAUGGGUUUUUUUGUGGCGCCUUUAUUAAUUUAUUAAAAUGUUCUGACAUACACAAACAGACAUACAAAACAUUAACCACCUCAGAUGAUUUUGUGUUUGUUAUGUGCAUUAAUAAAUCAAUCAUGAAUGUU